UUAGUAGAGACGUGGUCUCUUUUGCACAGACGGGUCUCAAAAGAUCCUCCCGCCUCGGCCUCCAGAGUGCUAAGAUGUACAGGCAUCGGCCACCAGAGCGGUCUACUAGUGCCAUUAUUAUCAUACUCAUUUUGUUAAAUAACUUGCGAGGUCAUGCAGCUAGAAAGUUAUAAAAAUCAGGGAGUUAGGGAUCUCACGUAUGCCGCUACUCUACAGCCUGCGUUCUCAAUUACUCUCAGGCGCUUCCCAAGCCGCUGGCGCCGGGAUCUUAUUUGGGUUUGGUUACAUCCUCCCGGCCAGAACGGCGCUUGUUGCAGUUUGUUGGAUGGAUGAAUGGAUAGACGAACAGAAAGAACAAGGUUGCGUCUUCGCAGAGAUGGGAAAUGAACCCCAGAGGUGUGCGCAUUUCUCGUUUGCCCUCCAGCACCUCCCAGCAGCUCUCACCUGCUGGGCGGGGUUGUCUGCAGUACACGCCCCACUUCCGCUUCUGACCCCGCCUCCGGCAGCUGCUGUUCGCUUCGCGUUCCAUAAUUUUGUCCCCAGCGCCGAGCCGUCUCCCCCGCCCUCGCCGCUGCCAUGGCGGCAGCUCCGCCGCUCUCCAAGGCCGAGUAUCUGAAGCGGUACCUGUCCGGCGCAGAUACCGGCGUCGACAGUUCUGAGCCCGGUCGCAAGCGUCGUAAAAAGCGGCCGAAGUCUGGCGGGCCCAGCGGCAAGGGAAUGAGGAUUGUAGAUGAUGAUGUGAGCUGGACAGCUAUUUCUACCACUAAACCCGAAAAGGAAGAAGAGGAAGAGGAUGGAGAUUUGCCUGUGGUGGCUGAGUUUGUGGAUGAGCGGCCAGAAGAGGUAAAGCAGAUGGAGGCCUUUCGUUCCAGUGCCAAAUGGAAGCUUCUGGGAGGCCACAGUGAAGAUCUGACCUCACGUAGUCAUUUUCGUGACGAUACCUCAGAUCCAUCGCCCAAGAGAGCCCGUUAUGAUACCCCGGAUCCAUCUCCUCCCAGGAGGGCCCGUCACGAUACCCCGGAUCCAUCUCCUCCCAGGAGGGUCCGUCACGACACCCCGGAUCCACCUUCUCCCAGGAGGGCCCGUCACGACACCCCGGAUCCGUCUCCUCCCAGGAGGGCCCGUCACGACACCCCGGAUCCAUCUCCUCCCAGGAGGGCCCGUCACGACACCCCGGAUCCAUCUCCUCCCAGGAGGGCCCGUCACGACACCCCGGAUCCAUCUCCUCCCAGGAGGGUCCGUCACGAUACCCCGGAUCCAUCUCCUCCCAGGAGGGUCCGUCAUGAUACCUUGGAUCUUUCUCCUCGUAGGCGAGUCCGUCAUGAUACCCCUGAUCCAUCUCCUCCCAGGAGGGCCCGUCACGAUACCCCGGAUCCAUCUCCUUCCAGGAGGUCCCGUCGUGAUACCCCAGAUCCAUCUCCUCCCAGGAAGGUCCGUCCUGAUUCUCUGGAUUAUUCUCCCCCCAGGAAGUCUCAUCGUAAUUCUACAAGGGUAUCUCCUAGGAAAGUCCAUCAUGACUCAUCGGAUCCAUCUCCUCAUAGGAGAGCCCAUCACAAUUCCUCAGAUGUCUCUUCCCCUAGAAGGGCCCAUAACAGCUCCCCUGACGCAUCUCAGCCUAGGAGGACUCUUGACUCCUUGGACACACGGCAGCUCAGGAGGGCCCGUCAUGACUGUCCUGAAAUGGCACCUGAUGUCACUCGUUCACUGCCCAGAGCCAAAAGCAGUAAAGCCCCAGAAAGAACCUCUAGGAAGACUUCUCCCCAUCAGAAGGGGCCACUGCCAAAGUCCAUCAAACAAGAAUAUGACUCAGACCUCUCUCCUCCACGAAAACAAGCAAAAUCCCAUUUUGGAGAUAAGAAGCAGCCUGAUUCUAAAGGUAACUGCCAGAGAGCCUCUGAUUCAGAUCUUUCUCCUCCACGGAAUAGACCUAGGCACGGAGGCUCUGAUUCUGACCUUUCUCCACCAAGGAGGAGACAGAGGACCAAAUCUUCUGAUUCUGAUCUGUCUCCACCUCGAAGGAGUCAGCCUCCUGGAAAGAAGGCUGCACAUAUGUAUUCUGGGGCUAAGACUGGGUUGGUGUUAACUGACGUCCAGCGAGAGCAGCAGGAGCUCAAGAAAAGGGACCAAGAAACCGUGGCAUUUGAAGCUGAAUCCCAGUAUGCUGAAACCGUAUUUCGAGACAAGUCUGGUCGUAAGAGAAACUUGAAACUGGAGCGGUUAGAGCAAAGGAGGAAAGCAGAGAAGGACUCGGAGAGAGAUGAACUGUAUGCCCAGUGGGGAAAAGGGCUUGCCCAGAGCCGGCAACAGCAGCAAAAUGUAGAGGAUGCCAUGAAGGAGAUGCAAAAGCCUCUGGCCCGCUAUAUUGAUGAUGAAGAUCUGGAUAAGAUGCUGAGAGAACAAGAAAGAGAGGGAGACCCCAUGGCUGAAUUCAUCAAGAAGAAUAAGGCCAAGGAGAACAAGACUAAGAAAGUGAGACCUCGCUACAAUGGUCCAGCACCUCCUCCCAACAGAUUUAAUAUCUGGCCUGGAUAUCGCUGGGAUGGAGUGGACAGAUCCAAUGGAUUUGAACAAAAGCGCUUUGCCAGACUUGCCAGCAAGAAGGCAGUGGAGGAACUUGCCUACAAAUGGAGUGUGGAAGACAUGUAACUUUCCUGAGGCUGUGGGGAUGGCUUUGGGUUAUGUCAGUGGGCGCAGGACAGUAAGACAUCUGUGCUAGUAAUCAGGGCCCACACAAACCAGCAACUUCUUGAACGGUAGCUGUGACCACAGAAGAAUAUUGGAGACCUGAUUUUUGGACUGAGGUACCUGUACUGCUCAGGUCUGACAAUACUGGCUGUUGCUGGCUGUUAGAGGAACCAUUGAUUUCUCAGUGUCCCAGGGUUUCUUCUUGAUGAGGCUUUCUCCUUUUUCUUUUUUUAAAUAAACAUACAUUUAUUUUUUUAAAAUUA